UUAUGUUGAUAUUUACUCGAUCGUAGUGUUGUUACUUGUUGUUUGUAGUUGAGAAUUGACUUUGUUCAUUUUAUCGGCAAAAACGCGAAAUUAUUAUUUUUUGUUGUCUUAAUUUGAUUUAUUUUUUUCUGUUUUUGUGUAUUCUACUAUUCGAGGGUGGACUUAUUAAUUCGUAAUGGAUGUAGAUUCUGAUUCUUCGUCCUCCUCUUCUUCAGACUCCAAUGACGAAGAGCUUGAAAAAUAUAAGCAAGAUGAAAUGAAAAAAAAAAUUGAUGCUUUAGAGAAUAAGAUUCUAAUUAAUCCAUCAGAUUACGAUGCACAUGUUGAACUAAUAGAAGUGCUUCGUUGUGCAGAUGAUUUGGAUCAACUGAGAGCGGCUAGAAAACGUUUAAAUGACAAAUAUCCUUUAAGCGCAAAUUUAUGGUUGGACUGGAUAAAAGAUGAAAUAGCUAUAGUAACUACCGAUGAAGAAAAAGAUAAUAUAAUUAAAUUAUGUGAAAAAGCAGUUAAAGAUUAUUUAAGUAUAGAUUUAUGGUUAGAAUAUGUACAAUUCAGCAUUGGUUGCAUGUCUGAUACUACUGGAACAGACAUCAUACGAGAGUUAAUGGAACGUGCAUUGACAGCAGGUGGUCUUCAUGUACCUAAUGGCAAUGUUCUUUUUGAAGUGUACAAUGAAUUUGAAAAAUUAAUUUUAAUGUCUUUGAAGCAAGGUACUGAUGAAAAAGCUAUAAAUGAUCAAAAACGUCGUAUUAAUAAUUUGUAUCGUCGACAACUUUCUGUGCCUUUAUUUGAUAUGGAAAACACUUAUGCAGAGUAUCAACAAUGGUUGACUGCUGAAAAUCUUGAAAAAGAAAAAUCAACUGUGGAUGCCUAUAAUAAAGCUUUUAGUAAAUUACAACAAAUUCAAGUUUUUGAAGAUCGUUUAUUAUCAAAAGAGGCUAAAGAUCGAUUAGAAUCUUAUGAAGAAUAUAUACGUUGGGAAAAAAAUCCUAAAGAAGGUGGUAAUAAGCCAAGUCGAAUUAUAUGCUUAUAUGAACGUGCUAUUGCUGAUAUACCAUUGACACAAACACUCUGGGCUGACUAUAUUGAUUAUAUUGUCGUAACAAUAAAAGAAGCUGAUUUCAUAUUAGCUACUUGUAAGAGAUCUGUUGAUAACUGCACAUGGUCAUCAGAUCUUUGGAUUAUUUAUUUAACUCAAGCUGAAGCUAAUAAUCAAUCACACGAAGAAAUUACAGCAAUUAUGGAAAAGGCAUUGUCUUCCUGGUUCAGUUCCCCAGCAGAAUAUCGUUCUUUGUAUCUUUCAUACAUUUUUUAUUUGAGACGACGAUUAAACAAUACAGAUGCUGAAACAAAACUGAAGAGAAUAGAAGAUAUAAGAUCAAUGUUGGAACAAGGACAAAAAUUUCUUCUGGAAAGUUAUGGUUAUUCUGGAGAUCCAAAUUGUGAAUUGCUUUUAUGGUGGACUGAUUUUGAAGCCAUUAUAACUGGUGAUAUGGAACGUGUAAGAAAUAUGUGGAAUGAAAUUUUAAAUGCUGGUCUUAAUCAAUAUUCUUCAUAUUGGAUGAAAUAUAUAAAUAUUGAAAUCCAAUUUGGUGAUCAGAAACAUGUGCGAAAAAUUUUUGCUAGAGCAUUAAUGACCAACACAGAUUUACCUGAAACAAUUGGAACCGAGUGGAUUAGAUAUGAAACACUGUAUGGUGAUUUAGAUACUUUAUUAAAUUGCAAAGAAAAAUAUAAGACCAAAAUGAAACAAGUACAAGAAACACAUGAAAAAGAUCCAAAAACUGAGAAUAAGAUAGGGACUAAAGAGAAAGAGGCAAAAAAAAGAAAAUGGGAUGAAAAAGAACCAACAAAAACUCACAAUGAAAAAUCAAAUGGAAACUUUAAAGUACCUUAUGCCAAAAAUGACAAUAAACAAGAAUCUGAAUCUUCUCCUGUUAAGAAAUUUAAAACAAGUAAUUCCGAAAUAAACCUGGACAAAGGAGGUCGACAUAUGGAAGUUGAAGGUAAAGAAAAUCGUUCUGUAUUUGUAAGCAACUUGGAUUUUGCUGUGACUGAAUUGGAAGUGAAAGAUGCAUUGUCUUCAGUUGGUCACUGUGAAGUGUUAUUAGUUAGAGAUUUCAAAGGCCGGUCUAAAGGAUUUGGUUAUGUGCUUUUUGAAAAGCCUGAAAUGGUUGAAGAAGCAUUGAAAAAAGAUCGUGAAUCUGUAAAUAACAGACCAAUGUUUGUGUCUAAAUGUCAACCUGAUAAACAAAGUAGAUCGUCAGGAUUACGAUUUCCUACUGAACUAGAAAAAAAUAAAUUGUUUGUUAAAGGUUUACCAUUCACCUGUACAAAAACUGAUAUAGAAAACAUUUUUAAGCCAUAUGGAGCUUUAAAAGAUGUUCGCGUUGUGACAUUUAGAAAUGGUCAUUCAAAAGGAUUAGCUUAUGUAGAUUUUGAGGAUGAGGUAUCAGCUGCUCAAGCAUUGUUAAAAACAGACAACACAAUAAUUAAAGAUAGAACUAUAUCAGUAGCAUUAAGUCGGCCACCAGAACGUAGAGAUCCUUCAGAAAUUAAAUCCUACCCUCCUGUCGCUAAAUUUAAAUCACAAGCUUCACCUCUAUUAUUAGGGCGCCGCGCAAAACUAUCUUUUACACCAAGUGUAUUGCAGAAAAAGUCUGCGCAAACUGCAUCAACAUCUGCUGAUGAUAAAACUCCACUAAAUAAUGAUGACUUCAGAAAAAUGUUGCUUGGUAGCAAGUAAUUAGCUAUUGAACAUAAUUUUUGUUUUAAAAUAGAAAAACAAUACUUUAUUUUAUUUUUACGUUAUCUUUGUAUAAUUAAAAAUAUUUCAUUUUAAUAUUAUAUCGUAUGAAAAUAAUUAAUAAAGAAAAAAAACACUUUCUUCUA